CCUGUGUGUGUAAUUUAGUGUUUGUAAUUGAUCAAUCAACAAAAAAAAUGUUUUCAAUUCGAUUUACUAUUCUUUCCAUCACAACAAUAUUGGUGGUGGUAGCAACCACCAGUUAUGCAUAUGUUCCUUGUACGAAUCCAUCAAAACAUGUUGGACAUUGGAUUGGACGUAAUCAAGAAUGUGCAGCAUUAGUGCAAACAAAUUGUCAUCGACAACCUGGUAAUAAACAAAUUGGUCUUACAAGUUCAUGGCGUCGUGGUGUACAUGUGAAAGAUAAUUGUUCGAAAAUUCCAGCCUAUACAGCUAUUGCCACAUUUUUGGGUCCAAAUCAUCAUUAUGAUGAACCACAUUUACAUCAACAUACAGCCAUAUUUGUUCGAUGUGAAAAAGCCGGAAUCCGUGUCUAUGAUCAAUGGAAUGGUACACCGAUCGGUUUUCGUAUCAUACCAUGGAAAGGUUCAUCACAACAAUAUAGUGGAAACAAUUUCUAUACAGUCGCUUAAUUGCAAUAAAAUUUUUAUUUAGUAAAAAAAAACAAUCAAAAAAACCUGUUGUACCAUCUUUUCAUUCAUUCAUUCAUUAAUUCUGUAGAUUGAUAUUGAAUGGAACGACGACAAAGAUAAUAAUAAAGACGUAUUCUUUUCGUAGUCAA